AUUACUAAAUAUAAAACGUAUUUAAAUUCAAUUUCUUCUAAUAGUUUAACACCACUUGAGGUUGGUGAGUUAAAAUUAAAAACAGAAAAGAUUAAACGGCUUUCGGAUUAUUUUGAAGAGUUGCAAAAUCGAAUAGAAGUUGUAAAUUCAGAUAAUAUGUCAUUAGAGCUUACUGAACGCGAUAACAUUGAACAAGAUUUAAUGAUAACAAUUGCUACAGGCUUACAUCUCAUAGAUUCUAAUGAAAGCAUCUUGAACUCAAGUCGGCCUCACGCGUCACGCGACGAGCGCGGUGACCAUUCGACUUCUAUUGUUUGUCAUCACGAUAACCACGACAUGGGUUUCAAGCUUCCUGAAAUUCAAAUUUCUAAAUUUGAGGGUCACUUCUUCAGAUGGUUGGAUUUCAGAGACAACUUUUUAUCUUUAAUUCACAACAACGAUCGAAUAAAACCAAUUCAUAAGUUUCACUAUUUACGACUUUAGGUCAACCGACCGACCACUGGGACACGCUUGUAAUUUAUAUCAUGUCAUCAAAAUUAGACAACAAUACUAUAGGGAAGUGGGAAGAGCGUCGUAAUAAUUUUGACGAAGUACCUACUCUAAAGCAAUUUAAUAAAUUUUUAUCUGAUCGUGCGGAUGUCUUAGAAACUUUAAAUAGAAACAAAAAUGACAAAUUGAAGCAACUACCGCGGCCAAUGACUAGUUCAAUACGCAACUACAACAACUACAAAAACUACAACAAUAGCAAUAAUAAUAAUGAAUUAAAAUCUUUUGCAGCUACUUUUAAUACAAAUUCUUACCGCUGUUCCGUAUGCAAGAAUCAUCAUCGUAUCUACGACUGUCCCAUAUUUUUGGCUAAGAGUGUGGGGGAGCGCAAGACCGAUGUCUCAAGAUUAAGGUUAUGUUUUAAUUGUUUGCGUGGCUCUCACUCUCUUCGUUUCUGCAGGUCUGGAUCAUGUCGUACAUGUAAUGAAUUACAUAAUACUCUUUUAUGCACUAUUUCAAACAAACAUGAUUCAGUCCCGACAUCCAAUAGAACAACUAAAAAUACAACUCUCAAUGUACCAAAUAACAACGUAGUCAAUUGCUCCACGUCCAUACAAAAUACUAAUCAAAUUAUUUUAUCCACUGCUUUGAUUACAGUGACGAAUCCGAAAACAAAUCAAAUCGAAAAGGUCAAGGCUCUCCUUGACUGUGGGAGUCAAUCUACAUUUAUAAGUCAAUCUUUGAAACAAAAACUAUCACUCGAUUCAGAGCCUAUUAAUACAAUAAAUAUAAUAGGUAUCGGCAACACCAGUUGCGAUGAAGUCACAGAAACUUGUACACUACAAUUAGGUUCAAUAAACAAAGAUUUCAAUAUUCAACUUACCUGUUAUGUUAUGAAGCAACUAACAGGUCAAAUUCCUAAAAUACCUAUCAACAUUCAACAACUACAAAUACCUACUGACAUACAGUUAGCAGAUCCAACUUUUGAUCAGCCAGCUCCGAUUGAAGUUUUGAUUGGUGCCGAUAUUUUUUGGGACAUCUUGGGUUGUGAGCAACAUUCUUUCGGCCCCAAUAAUCCUAAAUUAAGAAGUUCUAAGUUCGGACGGUUAGAACAAUGGUUCCUAGCGAACGAAAUAAACGAUACCGACGACAAGUCGGGUGUGAAGCGCCGGGCGAUCUUACUAAGCAGCUUAGCGGAAACGACGUUUAAACUCAUAAGGGAUUUAGCACUACCUAAUGAGGUUGGAUCUCUCUCAUACCAGCAAGCGGUAUCUUUCAUGGUGCCCGGCAAGAACACAGUGAGUCCAUUAGCGAGUGGGCUGCCCGUGUACGUGGUUUAG